CCCCUCUGAUAAAACCAGAAAGACGAAACUAGAAAAGGGAAGAGCAGAACACAAAUUUGCGAACCAACAAACAAUUUCCACUGUCUAAGGAGAUCAACACUCUCACUGACAAAAAACAAACAAUAAAAAUCCAUCCUUUAUCGCUUUCUGUUUCCCUUCAUUAUAAGGAAAGUGAACCCAUAAUAUAUAUAUAUAUUCCUUUUGUUGGGGGGCUUUUUUAUGUGAAGUUUGAGCUUGGGUUUGUUUUCUUUAAUAGCGAUGGAUCCACCAGCUAUGAUGAGAGAUGGGGUGUACAAUCUGACGGAGAUUUGGCAAUAUCCAGUUGGAACCGGGUUGGGUCAGAUCGUCGGUCCGAAUCGGGAGGUUUCGGGUAAUGAACCGGUUAGCUUGGGUGGUAGUGUGAGGAGGAGGCGUGAUGGGGAAGACGAAGCAGCUCAGAACGAUGGUGAUGGGAAGAGACUUCAAACAUCGGUAGGUACCGAUGAGAAUCGGGAUUCGAGAGCCGAGGCAGAACCCAGUUCAGGCAAGCCUGUGGAACAGAAAGCACAAUCGCCACCGGAGCCGCCUAAACAGGAUUACAUCCAUGUUCGAGCGAGAAGGGGUCAAGCGACCGAUAGUCACAGCCUAGCAGAAAGGGCAAGGAGAGAAAAGAUCAGCGAACGAAUGAGAAUUCUUCAGGAUUUGGUCCCUGGUUGCAACAAGGUUAUUGGCAAAGCGCUUGUCCUUGAUGAGAUAAUUAAUUACAUUCAAUCACUACAGCAUCAGGUCGAGUUCCUGUCAAUGAAGCUUGAAGCAGUCAAUUCAAGAAUGGACCCUGCCAUUGAUGUAUUUCCUCCUAAAGAUUAUUGCCAUCAAGUUUUCGAUACCUCUGGUAUGGCAUUCGGUUCACAAUUGACAAGAGAAUACAAUAGUGAUACGUCACCGGAGUGGUUGCAUAUCGGUGGUGCUUUCGAGAGAACAACAUAACACAGAUAAACCCCUUGUCAAACAUAAUAAGAGCAUUAAUUUGCAAUACUUCCUCCUCCGGUCUUAGCUGCAGAAGUAUACCGCAUCGUGUUAAGCCAAAGAAACUCGAUAAUUUCCUUGCUCGGCUCGACACGGGGCAUGGAGACACGAUUGCCGUCGAAAAGAAUGAUAAAACUUAUUGCCUGAAAACAUCAUAUACUUCUUGUGUUUUGGACAAUCUGUUGUUUCACACCGCCUUCUCUGUACUAAUACCUGAACAAAACAGAUUAUCCUGGGAUUGAUUAUUGUUGUACAAGAAAGUUU